CCUGUGAAGAGAGCAAAAAAAAAGAAAAAAAGGUUUUACUGAAAACUGGGAUUUAUCUGUGGUGGCGUUUAAAAAGUAUUGUCGCCUGUCGUCGAGGCAGAAGUUUUGUGUUUUCUUUUUCUAUUUUUCAAAGCGAACAAAAAAUAAUAUUUGUCACUAACGGAGAAGGCCGGGGCUCCACCUGUGGCAAGAAAAGACAGGCAAAAGUGACUACCAAGGGCGUAGACCACCUGCCCUGAGGAGUCAAGGAGAGAAAGAAGGAAGGAAGGAAGGAGACAGAUCAUUGUCUAUUGUUGCCCUCUGCUUCAUACUGUAUACAGAUGUAUGCUGAGAAAGUUGUGACAGAGGGGAAGAUGGGGAACAGGGGAAUAUCUCUGACCUGUGUGUUGACCCCCUGCCGUGUGAUUGGCGUGUGUGUGAUGCUGAUGACCUUGGGAGCCAUCGGAGCAGCCGUCUGGGCCGUAGUUACGUAUUGCACAAUGGAGGAAGACACAGGACUGUAUGAUGUCCAGGUAAAUUCUGCUGACCAACAUCUCAGAGUCUUUGACUCCGCCCAGAGGAGGUGGCGUCAGGUGUGUUCCUCCUCAGCCAAUGAGCUGCUAGCUAGCAUCAGCUGUGAGGAAGUGGGUUUUGUCAGUGCGGUGAAUUACUCAGUCACGUCAGUGCCAGAGGCCAGUGGAGAUGGUGGGGAGUUCUUCUGUGUCAGACAGGAAGAGCUCAGCUACGGCAAGAAAAUCAAAGACUCAUUGUUCCCAUGUGACUGCGAGAGCAGGGAGGUUCUCACACUGUUGUGCCAAGACUGUGGCAGGCGUAGUUUUGCAGCAGACCGUAUAGUUGGUGGUGUGGAUGCUAGGCAGGGCAGUUGGCCUUGGCAGGUCAGCUUGCAGUACGAUGGAGUUCAUCAGUGUGGAGGAUCCAUCAUCUCAAACCGCUGGAUUAUCUCAGCAGCUCACUGCUUCCCUGAACGGUAUCGCUUCGUUAACCGCUGGCGUGUGCUGCUGGGGUCCAUCUAUAAUAAGCCAGUCAACGCCAACGUGGCAGAGGUGAAGACCAUCGUUUACCACAGCAGCUACCUGCCCUUUGUAGAUGCUAACAUUGAUGACAACAGCAGGGAUAUCGCUGUUCUGGCCCUCACCCAGCCACUCGCUUUCAACGAAUACAUCCAGCCUAUUUGCCUGCCAGCAUACGGUCAAAGACUGAUAGACGGACAGAUGGGAACAGUAACAGGCUGGGGAAAUGUAGGAUACUAUGGUCAUCUAGCAGAUGUUCUCCAGGAAGCAAACGUCCCCAUCAUCAGUGACACUGUCUGUAACGCUCCUGAUUACUAUGACAAUCAGAUCACCACCAGUAUGUUCUGUGCUGGUUAUGAGAAAGGAGGCACUGAUGCCUGUCAGGGAGACAGCGGCGGGCCUUUUGUGGCAGAUGACUGUCUGUCUAAGACCACUCGGUAUCGUCUGCUGGGGGUGGUGAGCUGGGGAACAGGCUGUGCCAUGGCCAAGAAACCUGGCGUCUACACCAGAGUCUCCCGAUUUCUGCCCUGGAUAUCUACGGCCAUGAGGAACUAUCACAACUCACCGGGGGUUCACAAAAUGGCCCGGACAUGAGAUUCCUGCUCCCAUGUUUCUACUUUUUCUACUCUUGGAUGACAACAGAGCUCCUAGAUGUCAACGGGGACUGUUCAACGGGGGGAUGAAAGGCUGUGAUGUUCCCCUCAUAUCAUGGUUCUAGAUUCCCCUUCUUACCCAAAACUUUUUAUAGUGAGGAUUUAACCAUUUCCUGAACCUUCUCAUUUAACCUUGUCAAAUGUCCACGAAUACCAUACUCUUAAUAGAUACCCUGUAUCUUUGCAGAGAUACACAGACAGAGCUCUUUAAGAGACAUGAAGUUUUAAACUCAUCACCAAAGAGUUAUUGGAGUUGACUAACUUUUUAUUCUGAAGUUAAAUAUUGAUAAAUGGGCAAAAGUGAAAUAACAUUAGAAUUACUAUACUGUACUGGAUUUAAGAUGCCAGUUUUGUAAAAUAUAAUAAGAUUAUUUUUCUGGGAUAACUUUUUUUUCUCGUCUUACAUUUUUUUGUUGCAUUAAACUGCAAUGUCACCAGAAGUCAAGUUAGACAUAACCACUAUAACUUAUGAGCUAAAGAGCAUUAAAAGUACUGUGUGGAGUUUUCAGAAAAUCCUUGUUAUUUAUGUCACCGAUGGCCAUUAAAUGAACUGCAGUCAACACAGCUGGACCGGGGCCGGGUCUGUCAUUUUUCCAAACUAAUACUUGUCUCAUUUGUGGUCUGAUGAACAGUAAAUUCAGCAAAUUCAGUGCCCCACAUCGCUAUAGCUAUUUUAAGCUACUGUAGCUGUCAUGGGUGGGUGCCAGUCGCUUGUUGACAUUAGCGGACCCCAUGUCUUAGCGGACCCCAUUUCUAAGCUAACAUUAGCUAUUGUUGCACACUGUUGGCUUUGUAGAGGAGCUGAAGAGAGGCAAGGCACUCGAGAGCGCUCAUAAACUUCACAUCCAUUGGAUUUUUGUGGAAAAAUGGUCCCAAGUCCUUUACAUAGAAAUCAGUGCACAGUUAUAGGCAAUUGCCAAAGUUGGGGAAGGUCUCAUUUUUAAAGUUACGUUGCAAUCUGUUCACACAGUGGCAAUAAAAAGCGAUUUAUAUAUGUAAAAAACUCCACACAGUACCUUUAAGACUUGUAAAGGCUCAGGUUCAUCUUAAGCAUUCUAGAUGCAAUUGCAAGGAUUCAUACAAUAAGAGUCUUACAUUCCUUAUGUGGAGGUUUUAUCUUGUUCCACAUGAGUCAGUGUCUUCAGUGUCGGACUUCCUGCAGCCAGUGUGCGCAGUAAGCCACAAUGAGUCGAUUUGUAAUAAAGAUCAGUAAAAAAUCUUGUGCAAACUCAACUCUUUUAGUACUUUUACAUUGUGCAACACUAAGACGCAGGCUUAUACGCAGACAACUAAUGAUCUAAAAUGUCAGUAAUCUAUGAGUAAUGCUAAUGAAUAACUCAAACAUUCCUUGGUGAGCUUUAUUUAGUAAAAUUACACAUAUCAAACUUUUCACAUAGGAAGCAUUCUUUCAUCAUUAAAUUCUUACUUGUGUGAAACAUGUCAUGUCGUUAUAUGCAGUAGCCUGAGUUUUGUAUUAAAAAUAAAUAUUCAUACAAUGUCUGACUUUAUCAAAUUUCCACAUGAAUAGGUGAAGAUAAUGCUUACAUUGAAAUCAGUCAUUUGUUGUUGUUUUGUAAAUAUUAGUCAGUGUCUUGUUUAUGUAGAUGUUUAUUUGAGACAUGUUACAGAUGAUGAUUCAUGAUCCACAGAUCUUAAAGUCAAGAUUUCCAGAUUUCAAAUGCUAAUGACAUCACAUUAACUGGCAUGAGUGUGUACUCAUCCAGUACCAAAGUGCAGUGUUAUAUACUAAAAUUCCCUACAGUCAUAUUUAACAUAGACCACAAAAAAUAUUUCAUGUGCUACAUUUCGGAUUAUUACUUACUUACUCGUACGGUUCAGAUUACAGUGGCAUCAGGACACAAAGAGGUCACUAUACUACUGUAUUUGUUUUACAAGACAAUUAACUUACGCAUUAAAAGAAGAGUGCUGCAUCCUGCUGAUGUCAUGAUCAAACACAAAAUAUGCUGUACAAUAUUUACAAUACAGCCGUCAAGAUACAUGAUCAAAAAUGUAAUGUAGAAUAGUAUUGUAGAUAUCACUGAAUCUGUAUCCUGCACUGGCCUAAAUAAAGGAUGGUAUGUGAAUACAACAAACUUUAUGCAAAAUAGAUUUGAACCCUUUCUGGCACAGAUUUUUAGCUCCUGACUAAACGAUGUAAUUUGCAUUCAUAACUACUCACCACCAGUUCCCCCUUUGAAAUAAAAUACAUGUAUGUACAUUUUUAACAAUUACGAUGUGUAAAUUGUCGCACUGAGUCUUGAAAUAAAGCCUUAAUUAAAUAA